AUGCACGAGCUGCACAUUCGCUUUGAUGCUCUGAAGGUACCCAGCUGCUCGACGGUUCAUCGAGGAGCACCACGGACUGUCGUUCGUCGAGUUCAUGCGUACGCGACGCGCAUCUUGCGCGUACCCUGA